AUGAGGUUCGGCCAGUUGUCCUAUAUUGCUGCACUGGUAGGAAGUCGGCUUGUUGCCGGUGAUGGAGAGGCUCAUGGAGAAGGUCUUGAAGGCUCCAUUAUGGGACCCGUAGCCUUCCUUUGGCCUAAUGACAGGCCGUGGUCCGCUUCGACGGACAAUAUUGGACCUUGUGGAAGCUCCAGCGGUGUAUCUAACAGAACGGCAUUCCCUCUCACUCAGGGAACUGUUGCCCUAUCAAUCGCCGACGAAGCCUGGAACGUCAACUUCUCCAUUGCAUAUGAUAAUACACCCACUAUCCAGAGGCAGUUCUCUCAGCAAGUCGUCAGCGAUGUGACAGAGAUUGAACCGGGUCACCAAUGCUACAAGAUUGCCGAUAUCCCGAGCACCGUCUCCGCGGGAACUAAUGCCACAAUCCAACUGGAGUAUUGGUCAAACGUCGACAAUGAGCUCAAUGGUAGAAAUCAGACUUUCUACGCCUGCGCCGACAUUACCUUCGUCGAGGCUAAGGAUAUGACGAUCCAACCUCCCUGCUUCAACGUAACAGCAACAGGUUUCGAAUCCGGAGACUCAUCGUCGACUUCUACCCCGGCAGCCAGUGCCACGAAUGCCGUCUCCGACUCAAACGUAGCUCCUAGCUCGGGCUCAGCUGGUGACGGUCUAUCCGGCGGUGCAAAGGCAGGCAUUGCUGUCGGUGUAAUCGUAGCUUCUCUUGCGAUUGUAGGUGCCAUUGCCUUCGUGCUCCUCCGCAGGCGUAAGACCCAGACCCUCGACCAUGAAGCAUUGGCCACCGCUUCAAAGAACCAACCUGAAGUUGCUUCGGUAAGCAGUCAAAGGCGCUAA